CUCUAUGGAUUGUUGUUGACAGAAAAUUUUGAGGUUAUUGUGGUGAUUAUUUUAUGAAUAAAUUACCGCCUGUCGGCGUUAUUUUUCAAUAAAAUCUAUACCAAAAGGAAAACCUAUUUGCUAUGGCCAAGCAUCAUCCAGAUCUUAUUUUCUGCCGAAAGCAGCCAGGAGUUGCUAUCGGGCGUCUCUGCGAGAAAUGUGACGGCAAAUGCGUGAUUUGCGACUCGUACGUGCGUCCUUGCACGCUGGUGCGUAUUUGCGAUGAGUGCAACUAUGGCUCUUACCAGGGGCGAUGCGUGAUCUGCGGAGGCCCUGGAGUCUCAGACGCUUACUAUUGUAAGGAGUGCACUAUACAAGAGAAAGACAGAGAUGGCUGUCCGAAGAUUGUGAACCUGGGAAGUUCAAAAACAGAUCUGUUCUACGAAAGAAAGAAAUAUGGGUUUAGAAGGCACUAGCAGUAAAGUUACUCUAGACGUCAUCCGUACUUGUCAACUAUCAUACGUGCCAGCGAUAUGAGUUUCUUAAGUGUUAAUAAGUGUUACUAUUCAGUGUUUUCAACAAUAGCUGUAUAUAAAAUAUGUAUUAAUAUUUUCCGUUUUAAAGUGGCAUAAAUACAUUUUCCAAGCUUGCAUCUUUACCGAUUAGAUUAAAAUCGCAUCAGCACUGUUAUGAUGGUUCAGCAAUUAUUUUGACGUUUUAGGGUAUGUGUGAGAGAUAUGGACGUUAAUGUGAUAUGUUUAAUUACAUUCUUUGUUUAGCUAAGACAAUUAGAAUAACCUAACCCACUAUUGACUUCUCUGUAAUAUUUAUACCAGAUAUAAUGUCAUGUUAUAUUAAUGUAUUAAUCCCAAACAAUCUAUAUCAAGUUGUAUUAACUCCUUAACAAGCAUUUAGCAGAAAUAUUUUGAUUUUCAUUAGCAUUAUUUGUGUUGGUCUGCAGAUUCCAAUGCUUUUGGUUUAGUUUAGUUAUUGUACAGCACAAUGGCAUAUCAGAUACGGUUUCACAGCAUCUGCUGUUGUUUUAUAUACAUCGCAAUCUGUAAUGUAAUAUUUGUAGUUUUUAUACUCUGUAUUACCUAAUUAGUUAUAAAUAAACUGAAUAAAUAAGCUGUAACAUUUAAA